GAGAUGCUCCCCCGGCGGCGGCGGCUGCUCGCUUCCCUCCAGCUCUUCUGCAUCCUCCGGAUAGAAUUGAUUUCUGGGUAUCUCAGACAGCAGCGGAAAAUUAUUCAAGACUGGUCCUAUUCAGGAACAUUAAAUCAAACAAACUGGGGGAAAAGAUAUCCAGCGUGUAAUGGUGCCUUACAGUCACCUAUUAAUAUUGAUGAAGAUCUAGCUCCAGUAAAUGUAAAUCUUAAGAAACUGCAGUUUGAAGGCUGGGAAAAUGAAACCUCAAAUGACACUUUAAUCUCCAACACAGGCAAAACAGUGGAAAUUAAUUUGACAAAUGAAUACAGUGUUACUGGAGGAGGCUUAGAGGGUGUAUUUAGAGCAAGCAAGAUAACAUUCCACUGGGGAAAAUGCAAUGCGUCACAUGAUGGAUCUGAACAUAGUAUAGAUGGACAAAAAUAUCCUCUUGAGAUGCAAAUCUACUGUUAUGAUGCAAAUCAAUUUGCGGAUAUAGAUAAGGCAAUGGAAGGAAAUGGGAAAAUAAGAGCUUUAUCAGUUUUAUUUGAGGUUGGUUUGGAAGAUAAUAUGGAUUAUAAUUCAAUUAUCGAUGGCGUGGCUAGUGUUAGUCGCUUUGGGAAAAAAACUGAACUGCAUCCUUUCAUCUUGUUGAACCUUUUGCCAAAUUCAACCGACAAAUACUACACUUACAAUGGAUCUCUGUCAACUCCUCCCUGCUCAGAGACAGUUGAAUGGAUUGUAUUUAAAGACACUGUUAACAUUUCAGAAAACCAGCUGGCAGUAUUUUGUGAGGUCCUUACCAUGCAACAGUCUGGUUACGUGGUGCUGAUGGACUACCUGCAGAAUAAUUUUAGAGAGCAACAGCAUCCAUUUUCUGUCAAGAUCUUUUCCUCUUAUACUGGCCAGGAGGAAAUUAACACAACAGUUUGCAGCUUAGAACCAGGAAAUGUCCAAACUGAUCCAAAGAACUAUACAAGCCUUCUGGUAACUUGGGAAAGGCCACGAGUGGUGUAUGAUCCAAUGAUUGAGCGAUUUGCUGUUUUAUAUCAACAGUUAGAUGGAGAAGACCAGACACUGCAUGAACAUCAAACCGAUGGGUAUCAAGACUUGGGAGCCAUUCUGAACAAUCUGCUGCCUAAUACCAGUUACGUAGUGCAGGUAGUUGCUAUUUGUCCUAAAGGCGUCCGUGGAAAAUACAGUGAUCAAGUGAUUGUUGACAUGCCUUUGGAUGAUCCAGAAAUGGAAUUUACUGACUUGACUGGACCUGAAGACUAUGAGGAGGAAGAUGAAAUGGAGGAGGCCAGGGCAGGGGUGGGUGACGAAGCUGCCGUAAUGACCAGCACAGAUAGUGUAACAAACCAAAUAAGGAAAAAAGAAUUCCAGGUGACAACAUCUAGUUACAGUCUGGACAGCAUGGGGACAAAAUUCAAUGAAGCUGGAACACACAGAUACUUAGCAAGGGAGGAAGACUUGUAUGGAAAAAAUGAUCAAUCCAAAGCAAUUCAUCAUCCAACUUCUCAGUCCAUUCCUGAAAUACCAAAGGAAGAAAAAGAUGGCUCUGUGGAAUCUCACAGGGUUACUGCAAUUGUCUCUCCGUCAAGCAGCUCCACCAAAGGUAAUGGGGAGGAACACGCACACACUUCUGACAAUGAGCAGACAAGAGUCACUGCUUCUGAUAAUAGUGAAGAUGAUAUAGAGGUGUCUGCUUUUAAACCUGAUCUAGAUCCUGAUGACUCUUGGAGUUCUAGCCCUAUCACCUCUUCUAAGAGGUUAGUUACUGCAGAGACAUCCCCAGAAAACACCUUUAGUUCAGGAAGCCCGGAAGCAAGCAUGCAUGAUGAUCUCUCUGAAACCUAUAUUAAAAUUCCAUCAGAAGACUUAACACAUCCAAGACCUGAAGAUUCUACAGAAAAAGUACCUACCCUUGACAGGAAUUCGUGGUAUCUUAAUGGUACAGAUGUUACUGCCAUCCCAUUGGAUAGUAAGCAGUUUUUUCACUCUAGCCCUCCAAAUCCUGCUACAGUGCCUUACCCCAAUGGUCCAGUGCUUUCGCAAGAUGCUUCUGCUGUGAAUAUAGAAUUGCCACAUUCUUCCACCUUUGCUUACUCCCCUGCUGAGUUGUCAUCUUACUCUGUCUCUGCAAAUUCGGAAGAACGUGGCUCUGCAACUGCUGCCAAUGAGGCACUCUCUCAGACAACUCAACCAGUGUAUAAUGAGGCAAGUAAUAGUAGCCAUGACCUUCUAAUAGGUCUCGCUGAACAGAAGACAGUUAUACCACUUGUGGUCGUAUCAGCUCUGACUUUCAUCUGUCUAGUGAUUCUUGUUGGUAUUCUCAUAUACUGGAGGAAAUGCUUCCAAACGGCACAUUUUUAUUUAGAAGAUAACACAUCACCUCGAGUAAUAUCAACUCCCCCGGCACCAGUCUUCCCCGUGUCAGAUGAUGUUGGCGCAAUCCCAACAAAGCAUUUUCCGAAACAUGUUGCAGAUUUACAUGCCAGUAAUGGGUUUACUGAAGAAUUUGAGGAAAUCCAGAGCUGUACUGUAGAUCUAGGUAUUACCUCAGACAGCUCUAACCACCCUGACAACAAGAAUAAGAAUAGAUAUAUAAACAUUGUGGCCUACGAUCACAGUAGGGUUAAGCUUGCACAACUUUCUGACAAGGAUGGAAAACUGACUGACUACAUUAAUGCCAACUAUGUUGAUGGUUACAACAGACCAAAAGCUUAUAUUGCCGCUCAGGGGCCUUUAAAGUCAACAGCCGAAGAUUUCUGGAGAAUGAUUUGGGAGCAUAAUGUGGAAGUCAUUGUAAUGAUAACCAACCUUGUUGAGAAAGGAAGGAGAAAAUGUGACCAGUACUGGCCUGCUGAUGGUAGUGAAGAAUACGGAAACUUCUUAGUCACUCAAAAGAGCAUUCAUGUGCUUGCUUAUUACACCGUGAGGAAUUUUACUAUUAGGAACACUAAGGUGAAAAAGGGUUCCCAGAAAGGGAGAUCCAGCGGCCGCUUAAUUUCUCAGUAUCACUAUACUCAGUGGCCUGACAUGGGUGUCCCUGAAUAUACUCUGCCAGUGCUCACAUUCGUUCGAAAAGCAUCAUAUGCCAAACGCCACGCUGUGGGACCAGUCGUAGUUCAUUGCAGUGCUGGAGUUGGAAGGACAGGCACAUAUAUAGUAUUAGAUAGUAUGCUACAACAAAUUCAGCAUGAAGGGACUGUCAACAUAUUUGGAUUCCUGAAGCACAUACGAACACAAAGGAACUACUUGGUUCAGACAGAGGAGCAGUAUGUCUUUAUUCACGAUGCACUUGUAGAGGCAAUACUUAGCAAAGAAACAGAAGUACCUGAAAGUCACAUUCACGCCUAUGUUAAUUCUCUCUUAAUUCCUGGGCCAACAGGAAAAACAAAACUAGAGAAGCAGUUCAAGCUUCUGAACCAAUCUAAUAUACAGCAGUGUGAUUAUUCAACCGCAUUGAAACAGUGUAACAGAGAAAAGAACAGGACCUCAUCCAUCAUUCCUGUGGAACGAUCUAGAGUUGGUAUUUCAUCAUUGGCGGGUGAAGGUACAGACUACAUCAAUGCUUCCUACAUUAUGGGUUAUUAUCAAAGCAAUGAAUACAUUGUUACCCAGCAUCCUCUGCUACAUACCAUCAAAGAUUUCUGGAGAAUGAUAUGGGACCACAAUGCUCAGAUGGUUGUAAUGCUUCCAGAUAGUCAGAAUAUGGCUGAAGAUGAAUUUGUUUAUUGGCCAAACAAAGAGGAGCCUAUCAAUUGUGAGAGCUUUAAAGUCAGUCUGAUUUCAGAAGAACACAAGUGUUUGUCCAAUGAAGAGAAGCUUGUAAUCCAAGACUUCAUUUUAGAAGCUACCCAGGAUGACUAUGUUUUAGAAGUGAGGCAUUUUCAGUGUCCGAGAUGGCCAAAUCCAGAUAGCCCUAUCAGUAAAACAUUUGAACUUAUCAAUGUCAUCAAAGAAGAAACUUCCAACAGAGAUGGACCAAUGAUUGUGCAUGAUGAACAUGGAGGAGUGACAGCGGGUACUUUCUGUGCAUUAACAACGCUCAUGCAUCAGCUAGUAAAUGAAAACUGUGUGGAUGUUUAUCACGUUGCAAAGAUGAUAAACUUGAUGAGGCCUGGAGUCUUCACAGACAUAGACCAGUACCAGUUUCUGUACAAAACUAUCCUCAGUCUUGUUAGUUCAAGGCAAGAAGAAAAUCCUUCAGUAUCCAUAGACAGUAACGGCUCUGCUUUACCAGAUGGCAAUGCAGCAGAGAGCUUGGAAUCUUUAGUUUGACUACAACCGGUGUUCAGCAUUCAGCGGUAAUUCAGGGCUGGAUGUUUUUCAGUAUCGUUGCUUUCACUUAUAAA